CUAAGUGGCUAAAGGAAGGAGGCAAUUGCGUGGAGCGGAUCUCGUACGCUCGUCGGCAAUCGGUGGGCGGUCUGGCACACCGAUUACAUUGUUAUCAUUUUGUGUUUUUGUUGUUUGUUAGUAUGUGGUUGCACAUUAGGCGACACGAAAUUUAUAGUGUCACACAUAUGAAAAAAGAGACCGAAUUAUAUUGGCUGUGGACCUUACACAGCGAAUACAACUUAUUGAUCCAACGACCACUGGUAUCGCUGCAAGCGAGAAAGGGAAAACUGCUGCACAGCACCUCCGACUCGGGCCAAAUGGCGAUGUGUGGUUGCGGUUGCGACGAUGGAGACGACGUUGGCUAUGUGACGACGACACAAACAUCUAAGACAGCUGCAUAGACAGCGACGGUGGGUAAAGUCGAAACACUGGUCCCUACACGCAGACCACUCACUAGCCAUAAGGCUUCUUGUGUUGCCGAUACAUAAUCAAUACUUGCGUAUAUGGAUGUCUAUGGAUUUAUAUAUAGCGCUCUCUUCGUUGCCGUCUCGGUGUCAGGCCUAAUCUCAUGUUGGAACUCUCAGCCUCAGUCAACGUUGGCGCUCGCUGCUGUUCGUGGCUGUGGCUACGUCUGUGGUCAGAAUUGUUGUGAUAAAUAAAUGUGGAUGUGGCUAGGGCUGCGGCUUUUCUGCCGCUCCAAUCGACCCCUCACCAGUCACCCAACAACUCAGAGUGUAUGGAUUGAGGCACAGUUGGAGAUGAUAUGGGUUAGCUUUCGCUGUUGGCUCAUUCGAAUGGCUGUUUCGAUGGUCGCACUGCACAGCAGUCUGGUCGUCCAUUACUGUAUUGCCAGUAGUCACUCCAGUGGCUUGCGACUCGCCGACUCGCCAGUUCGACACCGAAUGUACGCGCUCCGCUGUCUGCGUUACUCAACCACCAAAAGGCGACCACAAAGACUGUCAGACAUCAGAACGACGUAGCAGUCGAACUCCAGCAAAAAGUAAAAAACACCCGUUCGCUGUGAGUCUUCACGGCACGAUACGUCACCGCGCUGUUCACACAGAUACAGAUAGCUAGCCAGGCAGAUACAGUACGGUACGGAAGAUACGGUAACGAAGCGCUGUUCGCAUUGUGGCGUGGUGACGAGGUUCGAAACGAUUUACCGUCGCUAAAACACAAUCGCUCUUUGGUGUUUCGAAAAAAUUUAUAUUUCAUAAAAAAUCAAACCAAUUUUGCUGUGAAAAAGUCCUCAUGCUCCAUGUGAGAACUGAAUAAAUAAAGAAAUAUUGAUAAUAAGCAUAGAAUAAAGUGAAAAUCAAUCUGAAAGUACAUUGAAAUGAAAGUACACACAAAGCCAUGUGCAAACAUAUAAAAUAAACGUAAAUAUGUAUGCAUACAUAUAUGUACAAAUGUAUGUUGGCUUGGAUUUCGAAUAUAUGUAUGUAGAUCUACUGCUGAUGCUUCAUUUGAAAAUCUCAGUGCUGUGAUUUGAUUAGUUUUUUAUUGAAGAAAAUAAUAAUAAUUAGAUAAAGAGCAACGUUAUCUCGCUAAACUGGCAACUAAUGCUUAAUGAUAAAAAAUACUUGCAGAGAAUCGGUCGCUACAGUACUGAAGUUCAGCGAUUAUUGUGUUGAAAAGUGAAAACAACUGAAUCAGCUCAGCAGCGGAAUACUGUUUUCGAACAUUGCUCAACUUUGAAGAUAUAAACACGGGUUCCUUGAACAGAUUUUAUCAGCAGUGCAAUUGAACCUGGAAUUUCCUUAGCUGCGAGAGGCGAACGAUUCGCCAUGCCGAAUCCGUGCGCUUUGGUGUAUUCGACUUGCAUAUUCAGCGACUGCUUCUGUAAAAGCAACGACCUAGGUUACAUCGGCGGGCGAGAUCUUCUAGUCUUUACUACAACUGCUAAUACGCUAAUCUGCGCAAAACGGCGACUUAAUGAAUAUUAAUCAGGAAAAUUGCAACAACGGAUUCCAGCAGCGACCUCCAGAACACCAGUAUCCGCCAGCACAACACUACUCGCUUUCACUACAGCCGACGCUACAUCAGUCGGUAUCUGCUGCUGCCGCUGCCGCCAUCGAUACCGGACCGCACUCGCUCUCAACCAACUCACAGCUGCAAGACCUCGAGCUUGAAUAUUUGAAGAAGGCGCACGCUCACGCUCAAGCGCAUGCUCAAGCACAGGCCGCCGCUCUUGUUUACAACUACGAGAGACAGCAGCAACAUCAACUGCAACAACAACAGCAACAGCAAGCGCUAGGGCGACGUUCAAGUGCCGAUCACGAGUUUCCCAUUAAACGGAACACCCAUCAUAAGCAUAGUUUAGCAAUAACGACGUCAGCUUCUAUGGUUAUGUCACCGAGUCGACGUCCGUCGCCGCCGCGUGCAGUUGCGCAUCCACUGAAUAUGCAUAUGAGUUCUUUGGCGCAUGCGCAGAUGCAGCUUCAGUCCCAGUUGCAUCAAAAGUUUUCGGCAGCAGUUGCCGGUGGCAACAACCUGACGCCGACAAAUCAUUUGACCACUUACUUUCGAAACCAGACUUCCCCAGCUUGUGGCAUACCGCCCUUGCCUCCACUCCCACCAACUUCCAGCGGUAGCACAGCAAACACGCAGCAGCAGCACUCACCAGCGAAUUCGGUCAACGCGAGUGGGAGUAGCCCUGGUGGCAACCUUCAGCAAUCAGCUAAUUCGAAGUCUUCGCACAAUCAGCACAACCCGCUAAGUCACUUGCAGAGCAUGCAACCAUUCGACUUUCGCAAGAUCAGCUCGGCAGCUUUUGGAGCUAUGCCAUCGCUGCCACCAACACGCAUGAGCCCCAACGAAAUUGCACAUCAUCAACAUUUACAGCAGCAAGCAGCUCAGCAAGCCGCAAUGCUAGCGCAAGCACGUCGUCGCAUAAAUGAAGCUUCCACUCCAUCAGAGAAGAAUGCCGCAGUCGCUGCAGCUGCCGCUGCUGCAGCCCAAAGUAAUCAGUUCUUCAAUGCGAUGGCUAUAUCGGGACAUCCGUUGCCUUUUCCUUUACCUCCACCGCCCCCACUACCUACGCACGGGCCGCCGGGCACAUCUCCAUCGAGUGUGCCGUCAGCAUCUAGCUUACCACCGGGUUUAACUAGUAACCAAGUGGCAGCUAUAGCGGCAGCGGCUGCAGCUUCUGGCAACCCAAUGCCUCACAGUCUUCUGGCGUCACAUUUUCCCACUAUUAAUCCUGUCCUCAACAUGGGAAAGCCACCAUCCGUACGAUCUAAAUCUCCAGAAACUGAAGAAUCGAAGCAUACAUUACACCGGUCAGACAGCGGAAAUAUGGGCCAUCUACGCGAAGGUGGCAGUGUGGCACAUGCACAACACCCAAACUCUAAUCGGCAUCAUCAUCAUCCCGUGACGCCACCCAUUUCCAUAGGCUCCGCGGCCAUCUCUAGUUCAUACCAAAGUCAACAUCAUGAAGCCCGUCAAUCGCGUUCAAGCCAAAUGGAACACUCAUCCUCUCACUCCUCACAGCGACUUACACGAUUUUCUGCCAGUUCUAGCAUACGACCCGGACGAAAAUCUCAUUCACCGGGCAAACGUCAAUGGGGCACAUUGCCUGCUAAUUUGGGAACACAAUUUAUCAACCCAGUUACCGGCAAGAAACGUGUACAAUGCAAUGUCUGUUUAAAGACUUUCUGCGACAAGGGCGCGCUGAAAAUACACUUUUCAGCAGUACACUUGCGAGAAAUGCACAAAUGUACGGUUGAUGGGUGUAGUAUGAUGUUUAGUUCUCGUCGGUCUAGAAAUCGUCAUAGCGCUAAUCCGAAUCCGAAACUGCAUUCUCCUCACCUUAGACGCAAAAUAUCACCCCAUGAUGGACGUACGGCCCAACCGCACCCAUUACUAUUACAACCACCCAAUGGACUUAUGGCUGGUCUCAACCCAUUCGGCACUUUUCCGUUACUGACGCCACCGCCCGAUAUGAGACACCAUCAUAUGGCCAGCAUGCAUGAUAUGAAGCAUGGUUCAGCUGAAUUAAUGCAUCGUUCUUAUAUGGACAAUGCAAUGUUGGGACAGUACAAUACACGAUCUCGCCACCGCCAAGAUAGCGAAAGUCAUUUAGACGAUGACGAGGACGACAGCAUUUUGGAUGGGGGCAUUCACAUAGGAGAUGAUGAUGACGAUGAUGAUGAUGACGACGACGGCGAGGGUAUAGUUGUGGUGGGAGAUGAAGCCGACAGUAUUUUAGAGAAAACGAACUCAGAGGACUACAACACUGAUGGCGAUGGCGAUGGCGAUGGCGACGAAGCUACCGACAUAGGUGAAAAUAGUCACGAUAUGGAUCUCACCACAUCUACACCUACAACGACUGACUAUAAGCAAAAAACCAAAGAUGCAUCUUCCAAUAAGGAACAAGGCGGUGACUGUGGCAUGGUCGUUGAGUCAGGUGCAACAGAUCAACACAGUAGCGAGAGUAACGAUGACUCUUUGAGUGUUGCGGAUUCCUUCAGUAUGCGCGGUGAUUACGAAAGUUAUACAUUUCCGGGCAUAGGCAGUGGAGGUAGUAACAGUACCGCAAACACACCAAGCUCAACGUCAAACAAAAGAAAACGUAAAAGUCAGAACCCAGUUCGAUGUACAGUGCAAUCUGAUGAAAAUUCCUGUGAUAACUCUACUGAAUUCGAUGUAGCCGCCGAUUUAUCACUGAAAAAAGCUUCACCAAAAACACCUUUUGCGAAUAAGGAAACCAAGGCUGAUGGUUCAAAAGAAAAUACAUCUUUAGAUUUAUCAAAACGAACUCGAAAAUCUCAAAGCCCUGAACCACCCGUAGCUAACUCAAAUCCCAGUGAGAGUACGAAAGUACUUCCAUCACCACCGCUAACACCAUCAACAUCGAUUAGUGAACCUACAUCAUCGGCACGCCCACAUCUAUUGCCCAGCACGCAGCUGAAAUCAGAGCCAAUCGACGAAGAUUAUGAACAACAACUAGAUAUUCAGAAUGGCUCCAACACAACAACAGCUCAAGAACAAGUGCAUUCAUUAGACUUAUCAGCCAGCAAUAAGCGAAGCUCGGAGCAUAUGGUGGAUCCAUCAGAUUCGACAACCAAAAGUUCAGAUGAUAAUGAGAAACUAAUUACCUCGAUUAAGCAGGAACAAAUAGAAGAAGAGCAUACAUUAGCAGCCACAAAUGCAAAUUCGAAUCGAAAUGAACAUUGUUCAGUGAGGAUAAAAAGUGAGCUGGUAGAAGAAGAGAGCAAAUUGGACAUAUCAACCACGGACGCAGCAUGUCAAAUCAAAAACAAUAACAAUAAUGUCUUACAAUCAAAUGCGGACACCAAGUGUAGGGAGAAAUACGACAUCUCAACUGCGCCAAACGAUUCCCUGCACCAGCAAACCAACCAAGAAACCAAUGGAGAAAUGUUACCAGAAGAGACCGAAGUACCGAUCGACAAAGAUAACCCACUCAAGUGCACGGCGUGCGGUGAAGUAUUCCAGAAUCACUUCCAUUUAAAAACACACUACCAAAAUGUGCAUCUGAAAUUGCACCAUAAAUGCAACAUUGACGGCUGCAACGCUGCCUUUCCUUCGAAACGGAGCCGAGACCGCCACAGUUCCAAUUUGAAUUUACACCGAAAAUUGCUGUCAACGGGCGACAACCACCACCACGACUCUCUGCCCGAACAUAUGACAACGAAUAGUAAUAAGAGCUUCGACAGCGCUAACAACCCGAACUGCAGCGUAGCCAAUUCAAUUCAAGCUGAAUUUUUGGCUCGACUUUAUGCUGGUUCACACGGUUUACCUCCAUUGAACUUUGAUGCUCUGAAACAACAUUUACCGGCACCGGUUACACAUGCACAAAACUUUCCAGAGGCAACUUUUAUGACAGAUCCGCGACUUUUACUCAGUCAUCCAAGUAAUCCAUUGCUCUUCCCUGGCCUAACCGGGCUUCCAGGAUUCCCCCACUUAGCACCUCACUUAUUAGCUGCGCCAUUCAAUGGCCUUAAUCCAUUUUGUCGUCGGCCUUCAUCCGAGUCGCACUCGCCACACUCCACGCCACCACCUUCAAGUACGGUGCGUUCACCACACUGCUCCCCGCAUAGCAGCGGACAACAACCAUCUAAAACCUUGUCCGAACGAUCCUACCAAAAUUCACCGACGGAUUGCGACGCCAGCACAGGAUCACCGAGCGUCCCCGAAAAAAGCCUUGCGAAAGCGUCGACGGCAAGUGCUUCGCAUCUGCUUCCACCCCCACCACAAGGUCAGACGCCCGAUCGAAUAUCAUGACCAUAUGCCACACGCUUUGCAGAAAUGAUUUCUUACCGACAGUGAUCACUCGACUGACGACGUACAUCGGCCAGGCACACAGUCCGCUGAGCUGCAGUGCAGUAUACCAACGCCAGCUAAGUGGACAGACAUCAACAAUAAACUAGCUUACAGCGAGGAUAAAUAGCUCAAUAAUUUAUUUUACAAGCGUAAGAACACACACACACACAAUAACAUAAAUGCACAAGAGUAAAUUUUAAUUUAGCCAAUAGUGAGUAUUGAUGGUAGAUUCUAGGGUCCGGGGAAGAUGCACUCGCGCGUAUUUCGCCACAAGAGAUGGUGAAUUAUAGAAUCACGUAUUAAUCUAGCAAUAAGAAUUGAUCAAAACAAGUACACAACCACAUCCACACAAAUAUAUACAUAUGUAUAUAUACUGGUCCUAGAGUGGGGUUGAUUCAGUCUAAUGAAUAAAACAAAAAUCCUUCAAACACAGAUAUGUACGUACACGCAUACAUGUAUCGGUGCCAAAGAUUUCCUAACUUACCACAAAUUCCAACAAAAAAUUUAUUUCCACUUAUUCGAAAAAGCUUCAGAAAUUCUACUCAAUUUCAUAACUGCAAAAACUAGAAGAAUUUUGAUACCAGAAACCGUUGGCAACUGGGAAAAGUAGGCCUUCGAGGAAAUUGUAGGAAAUGGAACUGUUUCAUUACUCACCUACACACUGGCACAGAUACAAGUAUGUGC